AAAAAUUUCAAAUGCUUGUUUUUAUCAUCAAUUUAAAUUAAUUUCGCUUACCUACAUAAAGAAAACAAUUCACGUUGUUAAAUAUGAAGAUGAGUGUAGCUAGUAAAGAAGAACACCAAAACUUACAAAUGGAAAUGGUCCAACGUGAAAAUCAAGAGAAAUCUGCGAUUGCAACAGUCGCAACGGAGUCGCUGAAAAAACUGAACGUAUCCAUUGACGCGUUACCACAGAAAUGUCAAAACUUACUCACACUUGCGGCCGAAGCCCAAACAGCAAUGGACGCCGAUAUUUUCGACCCUAUCGCCGUCUCGCUCCAACAGUCCCGAGAAAUGUCCGAGAAACUGACAGACGAGUACGAAAUACUUAAACUGAGACAGAAAAUACAGGAGUUGCAAAUGAAAAUAGACCGUAAUGACAGGUUUUUGGACGGUUUGAGAAAAGAAUUGGCUUGCUCCAGGGAGUCUUUGGCGGGGCGAAGCCCUAAUCCGGAGUCUAUUCAAGAACACGUAAGACAGUUGAGACUGAAGGUCGUGUCAUAUGAAGAAAGUUGUGCAAAAGCUAAGACAAAAUAUUCAACGUUGGGAGUGCCAGAUGCUAUUCUUCCGAAAUCACUUCUUUCACUGAUCCGCCAACUUUCCGCGCUGCAAGAGGAAGCCAGGGCGCUGCAGGAGAGGGCUGAGGACGUGACCCUGGCAAGGCAGGCGCGAGAUACCUUCAGCCGGCUGAGGAGAUGAGAUUAUA